AUGUUCAAUAUCAACAUUGUGUUUUGCUCACCACGUUUAGCCGCAUGGAAUUCGAUUCUCGUUGUUAGUUGCAAUCAUGAUGGAUAUUUCAAAUCAAAACGAAGAUAUUAUUGAAAAUGGAAAGCUUAAGCGAAAAAAAAUCAAACCAUCCGACAAAGAAACAAACAAAAAGCCCAAGAUUGCAUAUAGUACAAAUUCGGCUAAUAAACUUAUUCAGAACAUUCACGCGCAGUUAAAAGAAGAAUGUGUCGCUGCUGAUGUUAUUCGACAUUUUGCUAGAUCCUUGCAGGAUAAUCCAGCUUACGCUGUUGAUUAUAUUCGAGCCGGAGGCACGUUUACACACUUUAUAAAGAUACUGAAAUCAAUGGAUAUAGGAAAACUAGCAGAUGUAGCGGAUCUGUACACUGUAAUUCACUAUGUUAUGAUUGAAUGCAGUAACUAUGACGAGGUUCAUGCUGCAUAUGCUUCUAAAUGCGCAAAAACAAUUCUGAGCGAUUUCAAGUCCUCGAUAGUGUCGUUAUUGAAUGUACAAUCCACUGAACCUCUGCUGAUGGCUGGGUUUCGCAUAUUAAAAGCAAUCUUGCUGAUCGACCCAUCACAUGGCAAAGAGAUAUUGCAUCUGUUAGACGUAUGUCUGCCACAGUUAGACUUGAAACGUUACCGUGAAGUUUCAUCCGAUGAACAAGCAGCAUCGCUUAGGGGAGUGUUUGUAGAUUUCAAUUUAAGUUUUCUUAUCGAUUCUAGUGCAGACCUGGUCCGGUCGUGGUUAAACCGUUACCAUCUGAUUUACCCAUUGGUUUGCAAUUUAAUAUAUGACCGGGCAGAAAAUGUAGUUUUGGUGAUGAAGACAUUCCAGCAAUAUGUUCUGGAAAAUUCAAGCAUUGAUAAAUUUGUGUACAGAACCACUUUCACUGUUGAUAUUUUGAAAGCGUUGGUAAAUACUUAUGAUUGGGUUGGACCACCGAAAGUAAUGGUUAGUGAUGAGUCGAAAAACAUGGUUGUUAAUGCAACUGAAAAAGUCGUACUACCUUUGCUUACAUCGAAAAAAUAUCAUUUGGUGCCUAAAAUUAUAGAUUUGGGACGAGGAAUAACCCGACAUAAACACAUAUUGCUGGCACUAAAAAGUUCGAAACUGGAAAAGCAGCAUCGGAAAUUGAUUCUUAGAAUUUUUGAUGUUUGUCCGGAAGCAUUACCUGCAGUUCUGGAGAAUUAUGGUUCUUUGAUGAAAUCUAAAAGAAACGAACAUUUUAAUUUGUUGUUGGAAAUUCUUCGACAGCCAAAACCGGAAGAAAUUGUAAAGCAUUUUGACACAGCCGAUGCUAAACAAGUCUCGAACUUCAUCACGAAGUCAACCCUUCCAAGAACAAUAUUGGAGUUUGUUACAACUUCUAUUAACAAGAAAACAGAUGUUUCCUAUUGUAUGGAAUUUUUAGCAGUGAUGCUAAGUCAAUGUGAAAAAUAUCUUCGAGAAGUGCCGAAGCUCAAAAACCUUGAUCAAUUCGAUAUUAAAAAAAUAAAGUUCGAUGUAAUAAAUCAAAUAUUAGCACUCUUCCCAACGAUAGACGCCAUCAUGAGCGCAAUGAUGCAUCAUCGAACGGAUAAAAAUGCCGUCAAACCGUACAUCGCCAUGGAACAUACUAUGGAUAUAUUGUUGGCGUGUAUCCGCACAUUUCCUUCGUACAUCGAAAGCUCCUCAUUUAUCACCGCCUAUCGCAAAAUUCUCGAUCCGGUUUAUCGCAACGUAGCGAUCGAACAUGAAUACCUUAUGUAUGAGUUCAAAGCAAUCAAGGUCAUCAUUGCUCUCGAACCCCAGUCAAUAGCGUUUAACUCAGACCUUUUCCCAUCAGUUAUAAAACUUCUCACCAAAGUUUAUCUCAAUGGAAGUGCUGAAAUGCAACGUGAAGCAACCGUUCAACUAAUGUCCCUCUUUCGGAACACUGCCUUGUUCGGCAAUAGCCCAAGUGAGAUCGAAAUUUGGUUUCAAUCACUGCGCCACGUAAACCCUGCAAAAGUUCCGCGUUUGGUAUCGUAUCUGGCGUUUUCAUUCCGACAGGCGGCUGAGCGGCAAAAUAUUACAACCGAAAAAGACCAUUCUGUCGUCAACAAGGCAUUCGAAAAAAGCCGCGUUGCAAAUUUAGAUGAACUGUUUGAACGUGUUGAAACCGAUGCGUGCGAAGAGCUAGAUAAGGAAGAUGAACCAGUGGAAUUGCCGGUUGCAGAUAAUUUCUUAAUUUACAUGUUUCAUCCCAGUACCAAGCGUCCGGAAGAGUUUCAUCCCUAUCUUGAGGCAGUGGCGCUGAGAUAUUUCCACCUGCUGCCAUAUCCGGAGAUCGUGGAAAACUGUGCCGAAAGUAUCGGUGGUCAAAUGCACAAAUAUUUUACCAAGUGGAUCAUAGAUGGAAAGGUUAAACCGUUGGAUGGUUUCGGAGAGCAGAGCUCGCUUGGGCGACUGAGUCGACUGUUACUAAAAAAGCAACAAGCUUUGGAAGAUGUGCUUCCCGACGGACACACGAACCGCUGCGAGUUAACCUACCUUAUCCAUGAGGUUAUCUUCUAUGUUACUCAAUUAAUUGAGCUGGAAAAAUUUGACACCGAUUACUCUACGGUAUGUUUGUACUAUUUGAAUCAAUUUUUCGAAUUACUAUUAAAGGAGGAAGAAGAGCUUGCCGAAAAAGAUCAAAAAUUAGGUGGUAUCUUGAAAAAUAUUUUCUGCCAUCGCCCUGUUCUGUAUCAACACUUCACAGUGAUGAAUAGCAAAGAAGAUAUGAGUGCGCUAGUUACAAACUUUAUUUGCGAACUAAUGCAAAGACUGCGUACUGUGCCGAAUUUUUCUAAACAUACGACACUGUAUUCUAAUAAAAUCGUGCACGAAAUCAUUUCUGUAUCCUCGUACGAAAACACACCUAAGAGUAAACAACUAAACACAAUAUUGGUCGAAAAAAUGCACAAUAUUUUUCAACUAAGUAUGCGAAAUUCCGUUAAUCUGUCGAAACAUUACGCACAACUCUCACAUACAAUUUUUAUAAACGAUCAGAACGAAAAGACCUGUCAUUUAAGUCUGCUGACAGCGGCCUUAGAAAAGUUGGCGAGCAAUCGGGAAUGUUGUCUGGAGUCAGCGACCAUAAAUGGGUUAUCAAGGAUAUAUGUGGACUUCAUUCGAAAGAAUGGCAAUGAAUUGAACUUGGAAACCUUAGAAUUGGCACUAACGAAUUAUUUGGAUGUGUUCAGUCACAACAUCAGCCAUUUGGAAGAAGAUAUGUUCAAAUGCUUAUUUGAAAGCAAACGAGUAGGUAAACCGCUUAUAAAACUGGCGGUUUUUCUACUGGAAAGAAGCAACCGUUUCGAUAUGAUGUGCCUGCAACUUGUACCUGUACAUAUUCAGAAAAAGGAACUUAUUUACCCAUUAGUGAACAUUGCUAUACGUAAAAACCUAUUCGAAACAAAUAAUCAAGAUCAUCAGAAACUACUAACAGUAAUUUAUAACGAGUUCAAAAGUGGUAUCAACAAAACCAUCGAAAAACCAUCUAAAGCCGCUGUUAUCUACAAAGAAAAUUCCACAGCCAACCUGAAAUUGAUUAAAAUGUGCAUGCCAAGAAAUGAGUGCAUUGAUUUUGCCAAAAAGAAGUUGAAAGUAGACUCGCUGGAAAAUUACCAACUUGACCUGCUCAUGGAAAUCUACACGAAGGCGUUUGCAGCAACACAGAAUGAUGCAGUUCAAGUACAAACCUUGUACACAAGUGUUUUCAAUGUUUUACUACAAUGUUACCACGUUCUACUGAAAGCUUCCGAUCUCUUCAAGGACAUUGAAAAACUUAACCGCCUAACAUUAGCAACUUACUAUUGGGUCAAGCUAAGCCAUAAAUGCAAACACUUGAUUACAAUGGAUUACAUGCACCUGACCAAUACGGCCAAUUGGUCCAACUUUUGUAAAUACAGUUUGAAACUAGGUAUUGAUAUCCAUAAAUCUCCAGACAACCCAAACCGAUAUGAUGAACGACUUCACGUACUGCUCAAGAUCGCAGCGAUUAUGUCCGAUUUAUUCUACAGAGACAAUUGUUCUGCGCCGGAAGUGGCAGAAUUUUAUGACCUUGCUCUAUCGCAUUCCCGCUUCUUGGACGUUUUGUUAAUUCCUUUCCAGUUUAAGGUCAAAUCAGCGCUUGUACACCUGUUGUUAACGCUUGCCCACAAAAAUCGAUCUGUAAUGGAUAAGAAACAUAUCCCUCUAUUACUGGGAGCUUAUGGAGCCACACUUACCGAAGGUAACCGGUAUGUGCUGGCUCUAAUUCAGCUCUAUGAGCGUUGUGGAAUUCACCUGCAUGAGUACCGCCCCUUUCUGUGGGGUGAUGCUGCCAUUAAGCAUUUCUCGUUAGGACAGGAAACUACUAAACAACGAACCUUAUGCCAGACGAACAAUACUGAAGUACUUUCUCUCUUCAAUCGCGAAAAGCUAAUAAACACACUUAAUAGCUUUCCGAUCUGGAGGAAACUAGACGCAGUCGAACAAGUGCCAGAAGUAAAUUUCGACUAUCUACAAAAGGACAAACAUUGCAUUGGCAACUACCGUCCCGUGAUGGAUAUUGAGCAAAUCGUUGAAAAGGGAAAAAAUCGGUUCCGAAAGAUUCCCGGAAGCUUACUGACUACGUGUUCAGCUAAACAAGAAGUGCUCGCAACAAUUUAUGAUCCAGCUUUUCUUUUGCCUCUGUUGGGUUACCUGUUUGCUCCGGAAAGCGAUGAUGUGCUGCCUCUCGCCGGAAGGUGUGGAGCGCUAGCACUUCCAUUUGCGUGUCUUGCUAGUACCGAUGAGCAAAUGAGACUAGCCGCUGGUUGCGUCGUGAAGCGGAUCAAGAGCUAUCUGGAAUUGUCGAAAAAAUUUGUCGAUUCAAUGUUUUGGCUUCGUAUGAUUGCUGCCGUGCAAAAUGGCCUGGCUACAUUCAACUCACCCUCCAAUCCUGAUAAACAGAAAAGACAGAAAGCCUCAACCUCGGAAUUAUUCAAACCUGCUUUUCUUCCAUGUCUUUUUAUUGGAUCAACCGUCAACAUCCUGCCGGAUGUUCUUAGCGAACUUCACUCCAUACUUACUCACUAUUUUCUACUAAAGGAUACGUUUGACUUUAAGGCCGUUCCAAAUUUUCUGGUCUUGUUCCACAGCGCGGAUAUCAAACACAACAGCCACCGGUUGUUUAUACUGGAGACUAUAAACAAAAGUAUCAAAACACAUGACGAUUUCAUGAUACUACGUGCCUCUCCAGUGAUUCGAGCAUUGAUGCAAUUUUAUGCUUGUGCUCUAUCAAACCGGGACCUCAAUAUCUUAAUUCUUAACACCCUCAAUAACAUCAUUAAAAUACCCAAGUCAUGUGAGGUGAUGAUCAAUUGGAUCGGGUUUCUCACAUGGUUAAGCGAACGAAUUGAAUCGAUUGAGAGUUUCCACUUCGACACGAUCGAAGCUUUUUUAGGCAUUAUCAGCAACAUGUGGUACUCGGUUCAGAUACAACGGGAACACUAUCGGAUGAAAGAGCUAAGUCGAAAGUUUGCGAUCCUGGUAUUAAAGUUUUUACCUUUACUUUCGACGCGAAGUUCGGGUAAAACGUUGACUAGAUUUCUAAACAUUCUGGAGAAAACUAUCGGUGAAAAUGCAGACAACAUCAAACUAAUUAGUAAAGAGGUGCUAGAGGUGAUGCUAAGUUACUUUGAAAAACUAUUCGAUCAGCAAUUCUGGCAUGUUCAGCAUAUUAGACUGAACGGCAACGAAAACUGUGAACGGUCUCAAGCACUCGGCGAGAAAAUGUUGGCGCAAGGUGUGGAUGAGUGUACAAUCUAUGUCAUCCUUACGCUACGGAGAAUUGUUAUUAAAUGGCAGAACAGUUGUAAAUAAGUAAAUUGUGCUACUGAGAG